GCCGGAGGAGAAGUUUCUGCGCCGCAGAGAUAGACGGCCACCGUCGCCAAGCGCUCUAAAAAAUGAGGGCCGCCAACUCCGCUAGAGCUUUCUUAUUUUUACAAAUUAUUCUCUCCUCGUUUGCGAAGACCCCGACGGUGAGGCUUUCCAUUCCCGAGGGUCAUUACAUGAUCCUGAUCUGCCCUGGCCACGAGCCCACAGACUCCGCCCCCCCGGAGUGGAGAGACGGGGACGGACGGGUCCUGGCCACCAAGCAGGGGCACACGGCAGCCAGCGCUAAAGCGGGCAGGUACAGCCUCCUGACGGACGGCUCCCUCUUCGUCAGAGACCUCCAGCCGGGGGAUUCCGGAGAGUUCCGCUGCGGCGACCAGGUGGCGGCCGAUGUGGAGGUCCUGACAGGUGAAGAGUACGCGGUCAGCGCCGGCAGAACCGUGCUGCUCCCCUGCAAAGUCACCGACAAACAGAAACAGAAGUGGACGUUCCGGAAGAGCAAGCGUUCGGAACGCCGGACCGUCUUUGUCAGGUUUCGGAACGGAACGCUGAGGAAGGAGGCCGAAGACCCGCGGAACCGCCUCUCGCACACGAAGGAUAACUCGCUCCACAUAUCCGACCUCCGGCCCAGCGACGCGGGGGAAUACUGGUGCAACGGCAAAAAGGCGGCCGUUUUAACCGUGAGGACAGAGAAUCCAGAUUACACAAAUCGAACUGCAUUUACAACUGAGGAGACUGACACAGAGACAGACGUGCCUGAAAAUGACGAUUCGGACCAUGACAGCGUAUCGACGGCUGUCCUCAUUGGCUUGGGCGUCCUCAUUCUUCUGGCCGGCUUGUUGAUCUUUCUGGUGAUGAACAGGAAGAGGAACAGGAAAGGAGACAGACGGGGAAUCGACCAGCUUGACUCCAUGGGACCGGCUGAUGGGGCCAGACAUCCUGUUACCAUGGCUACUGAAGAACCACAGAACAAAACACAGGGAGACCCCACGAUCGAAGCAGGCGACAUUCAUUACGCCUCUCUGGGCCGUCAGAACUGGAGAGAGAGGCCGCACACUCAGGGCGAGAGACACCAUGUGAUCUACUCCACUGUGGCUGGAGGGCCAGUUUAGUCAGAGGAGGACAGCACUACGUCCUCACAAAACAAAAACAACAUCCUAACAAAACGAUAACAACGUCCUCAAUGCACUGGAGUAAACUAUUCCUCUGACUGCACUGGUCAUGUAAUGGAGUAUUUCAAAGUAAUGUAACAUUUUAGAUGAUGGUAGAAUUGUAUAACUCUUAUUCAGAAUUUUCAGUGAAGCAUGUUACUUAAGUGUUUCAAAAUAAGCAUUUGACCUAAGACUAUUUCAUUUUCAUACAAUCUUAAGUAAGCGCCACCUGUAAGAUGUACGAAUUGUGGAGGUGAAGUUCGGCUCAUUAUACUAUUUAUAAAAUCAAAGGUCUUAAAUGUCAUAUAGAAUGAAAAGCAGUACUGGAUCUACAUAGCUGUAAUGACAUUAAAUACAUGACCUUAAUUGAAA